AGUACACGUACACUGUCACCCAUGCUCCGUUUCGAUCCCUCGACUACUCCUGCAGCAUUUGCGUUCCUUUCUCUUUUCACCUGAGGUGAGUUUGAUAUUUCCGUUUUCUUUCUCAUUUGGAUUCGGACUAGAUAGGUGGAGGUAAGACUACAACUUCUGUUAUAGUUAGUUAUGAAAUACAACCACAUUUGUUGUAUUUAGACUUGUUGUAGUACUUGUUCUUGUCUCAUCUCCACCAUUCUGAAUUCACAAGAACAAACAUUUAGAAAGACGAACAAGAUGGAGUUAACGCUGGUCAAAGCGCAACCGCUGCGGUCGGUUUACGUUCGUGCCGAUGUGAAUGCUUUCGAGGCGAUGAUAGACCACAGCAUCCGCGAAAAAUACCCAGAUAACAAGUUUCAUACCUCAGAGAGCGCGAAAAAAGUGGAACAGUUCAUCUUGCAGAAUGGCGAAGCCAAAGGGUUUGAAGCCAGGGAAAAAGUUAUGGCCGUGGCUGAGGAUAGGUCUACACAACCGCAGGAUACGUAUCGAGUCAUGUUGUAGAUCAGUACAAAUGUACUCUGUAGUCUGUAUAAAAGCCGUAUACUAUACGCAACCGCAGGAAACGUAUCAUCCCGCCGAUGGCCCAGUAUCUUCGUUUGGGAUGCAGUAUGAUGAUGAUGAUGAUGAAGAAAUACUUGCCCUAAAAGAACAAGUCGGCGUAGAUACAAACAACGACAUAAUUCAUCUAGAAAAAACUAUAGCAACGAACUGCGUUUUACAUCAACACUAUUAACGGCUUCCCACCUUUUUGGCUCUUCGGCAGCCAUUCAUGUCUGCCAGUUUUCCUGGUAGGCCCACACCUAAUCUGUAAACUUACUCUCUUAAAUUCCUCUCAAACUACUUACACCAAUAAUAAGUUACAACACAUUUUUUCUAACAGCAUCUACCUCUUGAUUAGAGUCCUCUACUGAUAACAUCUAAUCAAAUCAAUGAUAUUAUUUUUCUAAUAAGAAAAUCCUGUGGAACAUGGAAUUGAAUACGUUUCAGAUAAGACACGAAGUUGCGAAAAACUGGGUCUUUUUCCUCACUGCGCAAGCCUUUGCCCAUGCGCAGAAGGUCGCUGCGGACCACUUACAACUAGUCAACAGAUGGAGUGGACGGAAAGUCAUUGUGCUGAUCGCGGAUCACGGGGUGAGAGGGCAUGGGUAUUGAUGGAUCUGCUGCAAGAUCUUUGUAGUAAGUGAUCGCUUAAUAUCAAGGAUGAAGGACCUGACUGCAGUUUUCGACUUCAUCUCACUGCAUAAAGAAGGCUUAGCUAGUAUAGCAGGAAUGUCAGCCUGUGCUCAGAACGACCUUUUUUUUACACUUCUUCAGGGCACACGAAUUCCUCCAAAUUGCGUUGAAUAUGCACACGCAGCUAGGCGCCAACGUCAUCCUGUUUGAAUCGCCGCCAGAGUUUGAGCGGAAUACAAGAGACUACGUCGAAGUGAUGCCCUCUAUCAUCCUCUUAAGGCUUCCAUAAAUUCUAAUUCAUCUUGGGACGCAACAUAAUUCUGAUAUAACCGUUUUGCCGGGUGUGUGCAAAGGUUACACGAUGCGUGUUUUCAAGAUGGAUUUAUGGAAUAAGGUCUAAUCUUUAAAGUUUUGGACUAUCACAGAAUAGACAAAUUCGGAUGCUUUGGUCUGGGCUAUGGUGGUGCAGUAGCAUUUAGGCUUUUCAUGAUCGCCCCGAUGCGUUUUGGGGGGCAGACGCAUUGCAUAAUAAACCCCCGCUUCCCAGAGGGAGCUGAUAUGCCAGAAAGGUUUGAAUUAUGGCGGAUGAUAAUGGAUGUGAAACUUCUUGAUUGAUUUUUGGGUGAACCGAGAGCGUGAAUAGAGGUUGAGUAGAUUGCUGCAAGAUAUAAACUGUACUGGAGGAAAUCUCUGCACUUCCAAAUUCGGAUGAAUUAGAGUUUCUAAUCCAAAUCGUGAAGAACAUGAAGAAGCCGGGUUUUCUUCCCUGUCAGUUUUGGGUGGUCAGGCUUAAGAAAAUGAUGGAUCAAGACGGUACCCCGAUCAGAACACAACGCAUGACAGCGGAGAAGAGAAAAGUGACGGAUAAGGUGAUAUUUUUCUUCAAUUGAUGGGACGUAACCUAGCCACAUAUAGAAGAUGAGCAUUUAAUCUGCUGGAAAAGACACUACUUACUGUGACUUGCACCAUCAUGGUCAUCUCUAUCAGCUCUCAUCUCUAUCAAGCUCACCAUCCUAGUAUCACAUUAGGUAUCCUGAAUAACAUUUCUAACCUCCCUAAGCACCGAUGUACAACCCACCAGGUCCUCGAAGAUAAUUUUUGCGCCUUGUUGCAAAGAGUUAUGGCGGAGCUUAGGGGUGCGAAAAAGGAUGGGGAUCCCGAUCUGAAGAAGAGGAAUGGCGAAGAAUUCGACGAAAUCAUUUUCACGGAAGACAUGCAUUACAAUUAUGACAGGGUGUGGCAGAGACAGCGUAUUGUAGUGUCUUUACGGUGGUCAAGAAGGGGCAUAUGAUCCGGGACACACACACAUGACGUGUGACACGGCAUUCGUGGUAGUACUCUUGCCUAAGCUCCUUAAAUAUAUUUGGACUAAAGGUGGAUCCUCAUUCGGUUCCACCUCUAGUAUUUUUACUUCCACACUCUAAUCCUGAAACUUCCAUUGAAGCCAUCUCCCCUUUACUCUCCCCUCUUUAUACACUCUAAUCUUUAAACCUCCAUUGGUACCGUCCCGAAGCGGGCAACAGCCAGUGCUUGAUUAUCCUCUGUUCCAGGAAGCUGACGAAGUGCCUUGUCACCUAUUUUGUUGCCCAACGAUUUCCGUUUCAAUUAAGGCUUCCCGUAAUUCAUCUUGAGAAGUAUCUUCUUUGGUAUUGGUCCCCUUUUCUCUAAGGGAAGGAAAGCACUGUCAGUGAAGCAACUCUCCAAGAUGAAUUACGGCAAGCUCUAAUCUGAACCGAAGUAAUACCACUUCCGAGACCUGACAGUCCUGGACUCGAAGACGCAGCGCCAAAACAAGCUGUCGCAGACGAAGAUCCGGACGACGGCGCGCCUGAGGGCGAUAAGAAAAAGAAGAAAAAGAGAAAAGCAGCUACUGGAUUGCGGGAACUGGGAUUAGUGUUACGAUGAAUGAUCUACUCAUACUGUUGUGAUUUUCUCUGUUGUUUCCCUAGCUCUUCAAGUCUGCUAGUCAAUUCUAUUCGUCUCUCAUGAACCUCUUCCUCUUCAAGUUCUACUAGUGUGCACUUCCUAUAUAAGUACUCAUCUUGAAUCAAUCUUUGUAAAUUAUAGCUAGGGAAGUUUCUAUCUUCCACCACAUGCAUGAUCUUCAAAGGCAAAGAGUCUUCUUCUAAUCCCAAAGAGCAUGACAGGUACAGGGUUCCCAGCCUCACCUAGUGCUGGGUUAUCUCCUGGGCAUUCGGGGACAGCAGGAUCUGGGUCAGGAAGUGGCGGUCUAGACUCUCAUAACCAAACGGGAAUGAGUGCUGCUACGGGCAUUACUAGCUCUGCCAGCGGGUUCGAAACCGGGAUCCGGAAUGAGAUGCUGUUGUUAUGGACAUGGGAAAACGACCACAUUUGUCAACCGAGGAAACAAGACACUUCCCAUUGACAAUUUCAUGUCUAGCUCCUUCUACUCGUUAUUUACCAUCGCUAAUAUAAGGCGGUGCAGUUGACGAGUCUCAGAUGUUACCAUUAGAGGAUGGUCGACUAGUACCAAUAGCACAACUAGAGGCCGCACAAGAACAAGGAGCCGAGGGCGCAAUGGCUGGUGGUCUUUUUAAGGCUAGAGAUGAUUAAAAAAUUCAUCUACAUCUUCUUCUUCACGUGCAUCCUUCCUGUGUGCAUCCUUCCUGUAAAGUGUUCUACGUACUUCUUGACUAGGUACAUGCUUUCAAGGGUGCACAUCAGAGAUAGGUCUAAUCUGACGGAUAGGUCUAAUCUGACGGAUAGGAA